AUGGCCCAGAGUACUUUGCCAGGAGCGAAGCCGGCCAAUGAGACAAAACCGUCGACCUCUUUGAAAGAGUUGCUGGAGGCCUCGCGUAGUUUGCCCAAGCGACUAAAUGACGUUGGAACAAUCCAUUUGGGACUCAAUGAAAUCAAACGGAAAGCUUACGAACUGCGCAAAUACAACAAAAGCGACAAGGAUGUGAACCCUUAUACAAAAGCGCACUAUCUACUUGUGGGAAGCGGUUUCACAAUAGAAGAAAUACAAAGCGAGCUCGAUUCAAUUGACUUGCGCCAGCUAGACCCGUCUCACGUGGCAAACGUUGUCAACAUGGGCGACAUAGACAGUUACAUCAACAGUCGUAAAGACGAGAAUAUUUUGACAGCCAUUGAACAAUCACUGUCUGCAGCUGCUCGCGACUUUGACGCGUACGUCAGCAAGAACAUCACCAUCGAUUGGGCACAGAGGAAGAAAGAGCUCCAAAAUUCUCUUUCCACUUUGUUGAAGAGAACCGAGCCUAGCUCCGAGCUAUCGUCUUCGCCCGAGAAGAAGGCCAAGACAGCUGACGCCAGCCUGGAAAAACAACUUAUAUGGAACAGCACCAAACACAAACACAUUUUGUCCUCGAAACUGGAAUUCACAGACGUGAAGAUCCCAGAACCCAAGGCCUCGAAUCCAAACCUUUCGUACGGUCUCAGACAGAAGUUUGAACUAUACGCCCAAGUUAUCUAUGAGCUCAACGACGCAAGACAGCAAGGUCAGUCGUAUCCAUUGGCUACUGUUUUUGCAGAUCUCUCCAAACAAGAAGUGAGUCCCAAGUCCAAGCAGCUUCACGAAACAUGGCUAGUUCUGAGAGACUUUUGCGAGACAGAGGAGGCGAAAUCCGGUCAGAUUUUCGAGAGAAGAUUCGCCAAAGGCCACUGCUCCGAUUCGCUGACUGCGUUUGAGUCGCUGUCCUUGCGCAAGAGGAUCGUGACACACAGCAGGAAUUAUUUGGAGGCCCAAUUUUUGGACUACAUCAACGAGCUAUAUUUCAAGUCAGAUGCCGCUGCUCAAGAUACAGUUGUGUCCAAUGUCACAAAGGUCCAGAACUUCUUGGAGCUGACUCUCAAGGGGAAAAACAAAGAAUGGAAGGUACCAAAUCUAUACUUUGUCAACGGAAACCCGAUCUGGGCCACGCUAUUCUACCUUUUGAGGGCAGGUUGUCUAGACGAAGCUGUCCAGCUGGUUACCCAGUCAACCGAUUCUUUCCAAAAAUUAGAGCGCUCUUUCCCAAUGUACCUGAAAAACUACUGUCAGAGUCCAGAUAGGAAACUUUCUCGUGAACUGCAGGGAAGAAUUCUAAACGAGUUUAACCAAUACUUUAAACAUUUCAACAAAGAGAUUGAUCCUUUCAAAUACGCCGUUUACAAGCUUAUUGGAAGAUGUGACUUGAGCAAGAAAAAUCUGCCAUCUAUCACCCUUAGCAUUGAAGACUGGUUGUGGUUCCAUCUGUCUUUAAUCCAGGAGGACGAAUUCGAUGAGGAUGAGCUAGUUCGCGAGUUCUAUACCCUGAACGAUUUCCAAAAAUCCGUUCUCCAAUAUGGAGCGGAUUCGUUCAAUGCUUCGGCAAAUAACCCAAUGUAUUUGCACGCCCUGGUUCUCACAGGCCUAUACGAAGUUGCUGUCAAGUACUUGUUCGAGAAGAGUGAGAUUGAUGCCGUUCACCUGGCUAUCACUCUGGCAUACUACGGACUUUUGAGGGUGCCAGAGGAUAAGAUAGAAGAAGAGGAUAAAAUGUUGACUGUCGACAACAGAGGAUUCAGCUCGAUUUCUUACGCUCGUUUGAUAGGAUAUUUCACCAGCAGCUUCAAGUUUUCUGAUCCAAGGGUGGCAGCGGAAUAUCUGUUCUGCAUCUGUCUUUGUGAAGGACUGAAGCCAUCUUUGAAAGAAGCACAAAUCACACUUGGCAGAAACGCCAUCAGAGAGUUGGUGCUCGAGACCAGGGAGUUUGUAAUUCUCCUUGGUAAAAUAGACAAGGAUGGUACAAGGUCGCCAGGCAUUAUCGAACAGCGCAAGAAAUUACUUUACUUAGACGACAAAGAGAGUUAUCUGCACAACAUCGCGGAACAGGCAGCAGUGAAGGCAGACGAAGAAGGCAGACCGUUCGACUGCAUUCUGCUGUAUCAAUUGAGCGAGGAGUAUGACAUGGUUAUCGAUCUAGUGAACAGGGUGCUGGCAGAGUUCCUCAUAUCCAUCGAUCUCAAGACCCCUAUUGACGACAUAUUGGGGCAGGAGCUAAUCCAAGGCGAGACUAACAUCGUGAAACUUGCGCAAAGACUCAUGCAGAUCUAUUCUGCUUCACCGUCGAUCUUGGAAAAGGUGUCUUUGAAGCAGCGCGAAACAUGUACCGCAUUGCUGGAUAUGGUGGAAAUAAGAAGAGAAUUCACCACCACGAAUCCCGACUUUGCAGGCAUCCUUCUCAAAAUCGAGAAACUCAAUGUGAUCCCAUGCUCUGCGACGAUGGAGUUGGAGAAGAUUCGGGCCAAAUCUCAGGAACUAAAGACCGUCAGCGAGGCCAUCACCAAGAACGUUCCAAACUUACUGGUGAUCGAGAUGAGUUGCAUAGCCCAGCUUUUCUAUGAACUCAGCCAGGGUUAUGACUCAAACGUGCUCAAACUACCUCAGAUCAGUGCCCAGAACGCAUCAAAAGAGGACAAGCUUGUCUCGCUUAGACAAAUGUCCCGAAACUGUAUGAUAUAUGCCGGAAUGGUCCAGUACAAGAUGCCAAGAGAAGUUUACACAACUCUGAUCAAUCUGGAAGUGAACAUGUGA